AUGGCGGACAGUGACGCUGAGCAAGCCUUCUUUCAGGCUCAAGCUAUGGAAGCUCAAUUGAACGAUCCUGUCGCAAGUGAGGAUCACACCCCAGACAAUGACGAUGAUGACGAAGAAUACGACCCCUCCAAAACUCUGGACGAUCAAUACCAGCUUUCUUCCGAGCCUUACCAGCAUGAAGGUAUCAAUGAUACUGAAGAUACCGAAGAUGUGGAAGCUGAUGAAGCUGAUGCUAUCGAUCCCAUUCCCUCAGAAGUCGAGACUGGCGCCGUCGAUGUUGCAUCGGACCCUUCCCAAAACUCAUCGCGCACCGAGUCUCACUCAUCCUCCCCAGCUCCACCCGCAAGUGUCGCCGUACCCCAGCCCAGAACGAUUGGGGGAUUUUUAGUUGAGGAUGAUGAGGACGAGGAAGACCAAGAUGAAGCGGACUAUGAGCCGCCCGCGGCAUUGGAGGUGGAUGACACAAAUGCCAUGCCUAUGUCUGAAGAUCCAAGCUCAGGAAAUGCAAUUCAAACUUCCCCUGAUGUAUCAUCGCACAUCGCUAUGCAGGGCGUUACUUCCAUGCCAGAUGUUGCCCAUAGUUCCUAUUCUCCUGUUCCCGUUUCUAAUAUCGAUCCCGCGGCUUCUGCCCAAGCUUCAUGGACUGGCGCCGCCUUUGAUGCGAGCCACCAGAACAGUACCGUUCCUACCCCUGUACCUGAUGAGUCUGCUGCUUCCAGAGGUCGUUUGCCUCAUGACCGUGUUGGUAUCUUGCAAGACCGAGUUAACGAGGACCCUCGAGGUGAUCUUGCUGCGUGGUUGGAAUUAAUUGCUGAGCACAGGGGUCGUAACAGACUUGACAGUGCGCGCGAGAUUUACGAGCGAUUCCUCAAGGUUUUCCCUAUGGCGGCCGACCAAUGGGUCGCAUAUGCGACAAUGGAAUCCGAGCUCAACGAACUCUUCCGCCUCGAGCAGAUUUUCAACCGAACCCUUCUCACGAUCCCAAGCGUCAACCUGUGGUCUGUCUACUUAGACUAUGUCCGUCGCCGAAACCCCUUGACGACCGAUACCAGCGGCCAAGCGAGACGGGUCAUUUCAUCAGCCUACGAUUUGGCUCUGCAGUAUGUUGGAAUGGAUAAGGACAGUGGAAACAUCUGGACCGAUUACGUUGAGUUCAUUCGCUCUGGCCAAGGAACUGUCGGUGGCUCAGGAUGGCAAGACCAACAGAAGAUGGAUCUACUGCGCAAGGCUUACCAAAAGGCCAUUUGUGUGCCCACCCAGGCUGUCAAUGGUCUGUGGAAGGAGUAUGAUCAGUUUGAGAUGGGCCUUAACAAGUUGACUGGUCGCAAGUUUCUCCAAGAACAGUCCCCAUCUUACAUGACAGCUCGCAGCUCCUACACUGAAUUGCAGAAUUUUACUCGUGAUCUCCAAGUUGAAAUCUGGAACCGAUGGAUCGAAUGGGAGAAAGCGGAUCCUUUGGUAUUGAAGGAGGAAGACCCAGCUGCCUUCAAAGGACGUGUGGUCUAUGUCUACAAGCAGGCUUUGAUGACACUCCGCUUCUUGCCACAGGUCUGGUUCGGGGCUGCCGAAUUUUGCUUCCAGAACGACCUGGAAAACGAGGGCAACGAAUUUCUCAAACAAGGUCUGGAGGCAAACCCGGAGAGUUGUUUGUUAGCUUUCAAGCGUGCAGACCGAUUUGAAGUUACAUCGGACUCGGAGCAGGACUCUCAGAAGCGCGCCACCAAGGUCCGAGAACCUUACGACAUGCUGCUUGAUGCCCUCUACGAGUUGAUCACCAAAGCGAAGGCUCGAGAGACUCAGGAUGUGGCUCGGAUUGAGGAGACUUUUGCGAGGGAGAACCCAGAGAGCCAGUCCACUCCAAACGACGACGAGGAUGAUGGUAUGCCCAGCGAAGCCAAGGAAAAGCAAGCAGCCAAGAACGCGCAGGUCGAGGCGGUCCGGAAAGCCCAUUCCGUUCAAAUCAACUUACUUUCAAAGACUAUUUCUUUUGCCUGGAUCGCCCUUAUGCGGUCUAUGCGUCGCAUUCAAGGCAAGGGUAAGCCUGGUGAGCUGGCUGGUUCUCGUCAAGUCUUUGCGGACGCUCGAAAGAAAGGCAGAAUCACUAGUGACGUUUACAUCGCGAGCGCCCUUAUGGAGCAUCAUUGCUACAAAGACCCAGCAGCUACUAAGAUCUUUGAGCGAGGUGCUAAACUGUUCCCUGAGGAUGGUGAAUUUGCUCUUGAGUAUCUGAAGCAUCUGAUUGAUAUCAACGACAUUAUCAAUGCCAGAGCUGUCUUUGAGACCACCGUCCGCAGAUUGAUUUCGAACCCUGAGAACGUGCACAAGGCUAAACCCAUCUUUGCUUUCUUCCACGAAUAUGAAUCCCGCUACGGUGAUUUGGUCCAGGUAAUUCAUCUGGAAAAUCGCAUGCGCGAGCUCUUCCCCGAGGAUCCUGCUUUGGAUCAGUUCUCCCACCGUUAUGCUACUCCUUCAUUUGAUCCCACGGCUGUUCAGCCUAUUCUCUCCCCGACACAGACUACUCCAAAGACUAUGCAGACAUCCAUUCCUCAGGAACCCCGUGUCGACAUACCACCUCCUUCUAGCUCGCCUAAGCGACCUUAUCCCAGUGAUGGCGAUUAUGAGUCUGAUCGUCCCCGCAAAUUUGUGCGUGCCGAGUCACCAAUGAAGGCAGCCCAGAGCCGCCGCCUUGAGCAGCAGAAGCGCCCCCAACAACUCAAUGGGCAGAUGACAUCUGCGUAUAAGCCACAGGGAUCACCCGCUCCCUUGCCUCGCGAUGUUGUCCAUCUUCUCAGCAUCAUUCCUCACGCAUCCGCCUACAACAUUGCUCGCCUUAACCCCGAGAAAAUGAUCGAUCUUAUCCGCCGGAUUGAUCUUCCUACUUCAAUCGAUCAGAUUCCUUUACUCGCGAAUGCUCGAAACACCGGAACAGCGCAAGUCCAAAACCAAUACUCCGCGCGCUUCAUCAUUUCUCUCAACCUCUGUGCAUAA